AUGGAGCCAAGAGAAAAGAAGAAGAGGAAGACAAACUGCAAAAAAAGCAGAAUACAAUCGAUUCCUACAGACCUAACCAUAGAGAUACUCUCAAGGCUGCCUGAGAAAUCUGUGGCUAGGUUUAGUUGUGUGUCCAAGCUUUGGUCAUCAAUCACCUCGGACCCAUCUUUCCCACGGUCGCGCCUUCUACUCUGCUUCCAAAAACAUAACGACUUGUUUAUUUCAUCUAUUCCACAUCAUAAUCAGAACUCGAACAGGUCCUACUCUUCUUCUCUGUCUUUUGGUCAUCAUCAUAUGACGAAACUCCCACUACAUUUUGAUCUCUACCAAUCCACGGAAUCUGUCCAUGGCUUGAUCUGCUUUGUUUUAAAUAAUCCUAUAGUUUGGAACCCUAGCACGAGACAGUCCAUAACUUUACCAGCUAUACCCACGCCAUGUAAGGACUGGAAAAAAGUAGAACUCUUUUUAGGGUAUGAUCCCAUUGAAGGUAAACACAAACUAGUGUGCGUUCCCUACAAAAGGACUUGUUAUGUGUGCCGAGCUUUUACAUUGGGAUCAUCUCAAGAAUCAUGGAGAACGGUCAAAACUAAUUGUCGGCAUCGUCCUACCGGUUAUACCUAUGGGCAAUGCAUCGAGGGUGUGAUAUAUUAUCUAGCAUCUAGUCUUGAGGGGGACGAUAGAGUUGUAAUGAGCUUCGAUGUCAGAUCUGAAAAGUUUGAUAUGAUAAGACUACCUUCGAACUCUGACUGGGACGUGCUGAUAACAUAUAAGGGAAGGUUGGGUUUAUUUGAAAUAGAUUAUGGAAUAACGAAUAGAAGAUUAUGGAUUUUGGAGGAUGCAGAGAAACACAACUGGUCGGGACAAGACUUUCUUUUACCUUUUGGUGACUUAGAUGCUCGGAGUUUCAAACUAAAAGGUUUUACUCAUGCUGGUGAGUUUAUUUUUGUACCGGAAAUGACUAGCCAAUCGGCUUAUAUUUUAUUAUGUGAUCCGGUGAGAAACAGCUGGAGAAAAUUUGAAUUUAAAGGAAUAGCAGACGAGGUAUCGGUCCAUAAUGGAGUUGUUGAAGAAGAAGAGGAAAAACAAGAUGAUGAACACCGACCUAUGUAUGCGCUCCUUGCUUUCCCGAAUCACAUUGAUAGUCAAAUGUCUUUGUAACAAU